AUGGUCACGUCGAUGCAGCUCAUCAUGGUCGAUGCUGACGAGCAUUUGACGGUGAACCCGGACGCAGUGCGAUUCCUGAACGAAAGCUACGACGCUCUCACGGUCUUCUCCUUCCACGGUGCCAAGGACUCGGGCAAGUCAGCGCUACUUCGUGAACUCCUUCAAUCCAGUGAACCUACCACGGGAGACCAUGCUGACUCUCCAGCGCCGCAUGCAGACAUCCUUACUCCCCCUUCAGACUUCUCUGGAGUGUGGAUGUACUUUGAGGAAACAACGUAUGCCCAUGCGAAGUCCGUUAUUUAUCUUGACGUACAGAGCCACGGAGAGAACGAAGGACUUGACGCUCUGUUGUUCGGCAUUGCGUCGUCGUUGAGCAGCAACGUGAUCAACUGCUCCACGGGGCACAUUGACGACCACGUUUUCGAGUCGCUCUCGUUCUUGCAGACGGCAGUGGAUGUUCUCGGCGAAAAUCCCGAACUCUUGCCUGGUUUGACGUGGGUCGUGCGCGACUUGUCAACCAAGGAUGUCAAGGCCGUCGUGGGCAUGGCGGACGCGUCCGCCGACAUGGAUCAGUUGUACCUCCAGGCGGUGCUGAGUCCCAAGACUAGCCCAUUCACGUCGAAUCUGUCGUGGCAAAUCCUCACGUCAUUCUUCCCGAAGCGGACUGGAUCCAUCUUGCCGCUGUCCUCGAGUCCUGCGUAUCCAAAGAAGGUUCAUCGGCUUCGAAAGGCGUUGUUGGAAUCGAGCCAUGUCAAGGCAGUGCAUGGGGUGGCCCUCCAUCGGUCGCUCUUCAGUCACAUCUUGGACUUGCUCUGCGGGGAAAGGACCAGCAUCACAUCCAAGGUCGCUGGCCCGACGUGGGAUGCCGUGCUGCAGUCGGACAUGCUCAACUUGGUCGAGAAGGCGUUUGCUGUGUACAAGACCACCGUGGACUCGCACGUUUCUCAUGGCCAGUCGCAACAACAACACGACGACUUGAUCGAGUUUCCCUGUGACGAGACCGUCUUGAAGGAUGUGCACGAGGCGGGCAAAGCCGCCGCGCAACCGUUGCUGGUCAAGGUUGCCGUGCUUGGAGGCGACUAUGCGACGGUGGCCACUCGCCUCUUUCGAGACUUGACCGCUCACCAUGUGGCGAAAUGGAUGGACGAGAACGACCGAGCGUCGACAGCCCAGUGCAUUCAAGUGCUGCAAGCGCUGCACACGGACAUCGAGCGCUUGAUCAAGGCCAAGUUACAGCCACAGGAUGAACCGCUACGUCUCGCCGACUUCAAGGCGAUCCUGCGGGCGUACCAGCACAGCGUGCAAAACAUGGUCGUCGAGUACGCGUCCGAGGCACAGGGUCCGCAAAAGAUGCCGGUCCUGAGCACGUUCUACUCGACGCUGAUGCCACGAUUUGUCGAGUACUUGGCGCAUUUGGGCGAGCUAACGAUGAAGUCCCAGACAGCGUUGGCGGAGCAAGCGGCAGCAACAGCAGCCACGGCCCUGGCGGAUGCGGUGCGGGCCAAGACGGAUGCGAUGGAGUCGAUCAAGGCGUCACAAAGGCAAGUGCAGGCCAAGAUGGUGGCCAACAUCCACUUGGAAACGCGCAUCAAGUCCGUCCUGGAAGACGCCAUCGAGGACGUGAUGGACCUCUACGACAAGGCAAAAAUUCAGGGCAGUGCACUGGAAGCGCAGGCGUUCAAUAACGUAGAGCGCACGGCCGAGCGCGUGCUCGAGGUGUCCCAGGCGAACAAAGACGAAGAAGGGGUGCUGGAAGGGUACUUAGUCAAGCAAGGCGGCGGCGGCGUGUUUGGUCGAAAGAACUGGAAGCAACGAUACUUUUUACUCCACAAGAACAUUUUGUCGUAUGCCAAGACCAAGGACGACUACGAGCGAGGGAAGAUCCUCAAAGAGUUUUCGAUCGUGGGAAGCGUGAUCAAAGACUCGGAAGAUGCCGGCGAGGGGUUCGAAGUGUGGCCGCCGUCCACGGGUCAAGCCGUGUACGAUUACAAGCAAGGACUGUUUGGGUCGGACCCGACGCUCGGGCGGCGCAAGGUCGACAGCGAUAGCGAGCGCAUCUUCUACUUGCGUGCGUCGACAAUGGAAGUGAAGGACCAGUGGGUCGAGCGCCUCCGCCGAGCUGUCAACCAGGCGAGCCACACGCAUUAG